UACAUUCGGGAAGAAAAAGCCAGAACAGCGUUCAUUCCAAUCUUGUUGGUUUGAUUCCUUCACAUGGCUCCACUACGAUGAGAGCCGGGACCUUGCGUUCUGCCACCUCUGCAUGGCGGCCAAGAAGUUGGGCAAGAUCGGCAACACGAAGGUGGACGGCAGCUUCAUCAGUGAUGGCUUCUCCAAAUGGAAAGCGGGUACCGAGAAGUUCCGGAAGCACGAAAAAAGCGAGUGCCACAAGGAGGCGGUCGAGCGACUGGUGACGCUUCCCGCCACGACGCGUGACGUGGGGGAGAUGCUGUCAGCGGGGCACGCUAAGGAGAAGGCCGACAACCGGAAGCAGCUGCUGCAAAUCCUACGCAGCAUACGGUUCCUCGCACGCCAGGGCAUCGCGCUACGUGGGCACGACGACGAUGAGGGGAACUUCAUGCAGCUGCUACAACACCACGGGGAGACGGACAGCUCUAUUCUCGCGUGGCUGGAACGGAAGCGGGACAAGUUCGUCGCCCCUGAUAUCCAGAAUGAAAUACUCCAGCUCAUGGCACUGCGCAUCCCCCGUAAAGUGGCCAGCGACAUCAAGACAAACGAGUUCUACACAAUCAUGGCUGACGAGACAACAGACAAGUCCAACCGAGAACAAGUGGUGGUAGUCACGUGGACGAGGACUUAA